GAACAAAAAUAUUACUUCAAAUAUUAUUUUAAUAAAAAAUAAUACUUCUGUUUAUAAAAAAUAACUAUAUCCGUUUAAUAGUAAUAAUUGCAAUGGUCAUCAUAAGAAUAGACACAAAAUUCAAUCAAAAUGUUCUGGAACAUUAUAAUUUUUUAAUUUACAUAAGAUUGAAGAGGAUUAAAGUGUUAAAAAUGAUGGUGAUAUGUCGUUUAAAAACAAUCACACAAUUAUGUACAGUAAUUUGAAACAUCGAACUUGAGUUCGGAGUAAAUGACGUCGUUUAAAUGUUUGGCAUUACAGAGCAUCCAGUUGAGAGAGGCAGUAUGGAACAUGCAGAUAUUCUUGGUGAAACAUCUUCUACAUCUGAAAAAAGAUCACUUUCGCCUGAAAGUGUCCAACAACGUUUGAAGCAGCCAAAAAUCGAUGAGAAAACAACUUUUUAUCCAGACAACAGGGAAGAUAGUGUUAAUUUACGUGUUAAUUCACGUGUUAAUUCAAAUAGAAAAGAGAAGAGAUCUAGUAAGAUGGGUGUAAAUCGUCGAAAUAUGGAAAAAUUUGAUUCAUUAAAUAUUGGUGUAUAUAACAAAAGGAACACAAGAUGUAACGGUUUCAUCGAUACUCCAUUGAAGCACGAUUACACGAAAUUCAAAUUGAAAGAAUUACGAAUCGUUUUGGAAGAUAUUAAAUACAGUAAUCCUCAUUAUAGUAAUGUUAAAUUAAAAACGUCUAAAAAGGACGAAACUUGGGAAGUGGAGAAAAUCCUAAAUAAGAAAAAAAUAAAUGGUACUACGUCGUAUUUGAUCAAGUGGAAGAAUUGGUCCAACGAUCAUAAUACGUGGGAACCAUUAGAGAAUCUAACAAAUUGCAAUGAAAUUUUGAAGGAUUUCGAGAAGAAUAGGUCCAAAUUGUUGGAAAAAUUGAAAAAAAAAGUUGGUUUUUAUCCGACGGAGCGAGACGUUUAUGAAUUUUUAAAUAAAAUCCAGCAAAAAGGAGAAUCGAUUGAUUGCGCUCUAAUCGAUGAGAAUGCUUUUUACACUAGUAUAAACAACUUUUUUAAACUUAAUAAUUUAAAAAAAAAUAAAGCGGAGAUAGACAUUAAAACGAAUAUUUUACGGUUUAUGUUGUACGAUUUAAGAAGGGAACAAUUAGAAUUGUUAAAAGAUUGGGAAAACGAGAUGAACAGUAUCAGUAAAGGGAAGCCAUCGAUAUCUGUAGAAAAUUUCAUGGAUCUUGAGGGCCCUCCAGAAGAUUUUUUUUAUAUAGAAGAUUAUCUUCCGGGUGAAGAUGUAGUGAUACCUGAAGAUCCUCCGAUUGGUUGCGAUUGUGUUAAUUGUGGAUCUAAUACAAAAUGUUGUUUCUUACAAAAUGAUAGUAUUUUCCCGUAUACUUUAAAGGGAAAAAUUCGCGUUAAACCAGGUACACCGAUAUACGAAUGUAACAAGCAAUGUAAAUGUGAUUCGACAUGUCUAAAUCGUGUUACACAACGUGGUACAAAUAUAAAGUUUUGUAUUUUUAAAACCGACGACGGUAGGGGUUGGGGUGUAAAAACAUUGGAAAGUAUCAAGAAGGGUUCCUUUGUAACACAAUACGUGGGCGAAGUAAUCUCGAGCGAGGAAGCAGAUAAACGUGGUAAAGAAUAUGAUGCUGCAGGUAGAACAUAUCUUUUUGAUCUGGACUAUAACGAAACCGACGAUCAAUGUCUUUAUACGGUUGAUGCAGCUGUAUAUGGAAACAUAUCACACUUCAUCAAUCAUUCCUGUGAUCCCAAUUUGGCGGUUUACGGUGUCUGGAUCAAUUGUCUCGAUCCUAAUCUUCCGAAACUCGCAUUAUUCGCCAUAAAAGAUAUCGAAAUGAAUGAGGAAAUUACAUUUGACUAUGUGUUUCAACCUUUGAAAACAACGCGCGUGACGCAGAAUAUUAUCAAGGAAGGAAAGGAGAUCGAUAUCGUUCAAUCUCCAACAAAUGAGAUCGAAGUACGACAGGACACGCCCGACUCGAAAACCAUCGUCAAUAAAGUUUUAUGCAAGUGUGGUGCUAAAAAUUGUAGAAAGUAUUUGUUUUAAAAAGUAUUACAAGAAUUACCUUUGAAAAGAAAAUCUUCAUUUAGAAUCGUGAAGAAGAUUACAUUGUGGUGUAUCUAUAGUUUAAACUUAUAGUUUAUCAUUUCACCGAGAUUUCAUUAUGCAUUAAGUGUAAUUGAUUAGUUAGUAUUUCUAUAAGUUAUUUUUGUAUUUAAAUCAUUUAAAAGAUAUACAUUCACCGUUAAGUAUUCCGCGAAUGUAACAAUGCAUUUAUUUUAUCGAAUACAUAAAUAAUUGACAAUUUAAUGUUGCAUAACUUUACAAUAUCUUAAGGAGAUUAGAAUAUGAUACAAAAAAAUAGUAAUAAUGGAAUAAGAAAAUGAGUAAUUAUAAUUGUUGUUAUUUUGUAUACGAUAAAUUGGUGUUUUUGAAACAUCGAUCGAGAUCUGUUCGUUAUUAGAAGUAAAAGAAAUUGAAAACAGAAAUGAUGAUGAUACAUGAUAAUAUAUUUCGUUUUGGAAUACCAGUAUUUGCUGUGAAAGCAACAUUUUAUAUUGUUUUCGUAUUAUAUGUUGUAAGAGAAGUUAUGUAAAUAAAUAGAAAUAAUUCAAACCAUGACUAUAUCUAACAUAUUAGCAGUAGUUUUUAUACAAGGCAAUAAUUCUAUUUUGAUGAAAACUGUGUAUCUAUCGAAUGUAAUAUUAUACUCUAUCGUUUUAUUUGGAUUAGUACAAUGAAUCAAUUUUUUGCAAUUAAUUGUCAUAAAAGUUAUAUAAGGCAUAAAUGUAAAAAAGAAAAUAUGUAAAACAAUAUUUUACCAUCUUUUCCUUGAUACGCACAUACGGGUAAUUGUAUUACUACGUUCUGAAUUAAUGAAUAUAUUAGGUAUAAACAAUCAGUCAAAGAGAUCAAAUUAUAGAUAAUACUUGAAAGAUAUAUAAAAGUAUUGUUUAGCAUAUAUAUACUUUUUUAAUUCUUUGUAAACUUAACAUUUGUCGUU